UCGUAAUCAGCACCAUUAAAUUUACCAAUCAAUCAAUCGAUCAUUUAGUCACUGAUUUUUAUCGUUUGCACUUUGUUUAUUCUACUUUAGUUUUAUUCGGUUCUGGUGUCACGAUGGUGUCUGUCGAUCUCGCAGCUAAACAACUGAUGAAAUACACUUUUCAUCACGUGGUGAAGAAUCGUUUCGUAUAGUGAAUUUGUUUAUUCGCGUUGUGUUGAGUGUAUUUCGUAUAUGGAUCUGUGGAACUGCGAGAUCUAUGGAUUUCCAAGAGCUGGCGCUUACAUGGUAACUGUAUGAUCUAAACCGAGACCAUUGAGAAUGGGAACAGCUAAAAUCGCGAAUACUCUGAAUAAAACAUUACAUUUAACUGGUAUCGGUCUAGCUGUGCAAGCUUUCUAUAUAAAUCUAACAUUAGAUUCGGCUCUGGGAGGCGAAUACGUAGACUUACGACCAGCAGGACCUCCACUAAUCAACCCUGCCAGUAUCUGGGAUUUGAACGGUGUACCGGUUAGAUUGGGAUACGGACAACCAGCAGCAUACGGACAAGGAGGAUACGCUCAAGGAGGAUAUAACCAGGGAGGAUAUGGAAGAGAUGUUCGACGUCUUGGAACAGGAGGGGCAAUAGCAGGGAAUAAUUAUGAUACGAAUGGGUACCGGGAUGCAAAUGGAUAUUACCACGAUAAUUCCGGUCUGAGAAAUGGAUACGAUGUUGGGAAAACUUAUGGCGGUGGCCGUGACUAUGGUGUCACCAGUGUCCAGGGUAACGCUUAUGGCGAUGUGAAUGGAAGAAAUAAAGGACAUCAGGUGGCUGGCUUCAGUACAUCAUAUCAAAAAAAUGAAAGUGGCAAUAAGUCAACGUAUUACGAUGAUGGUCUUGGUCAUGGUGGAGCUGUACAGUAUGGUCUUCGUGAUCAAAGAUAUCGUGAUGGCGCCGGAAACGCUUACGGAGGAGGAGUUCACGAUUCUUCGCUGAAAUUGAACGCCUUAGGAAACCAAGGCCAAUACGGUGGUGCAGGAGGGUACAGAACUACAGAUAAUCGAGGUGCAACUUUAGGGGGCACCGAUAUCUACGGUGGUGGAGCCCGAGCUGGAGCUGGAGUCAAUGGUGGAGUCUAUCAACCAGUGCUUUCAAGACCAUUAUAUGUCUCUCAACCUGUCCCUGUAGCUCAACCAAUACCUGUUGCUCAACCAAUACCUGUCGCUCAACCGAUCCCUGUAGCUCAUCCGUAUUCAGUCGGUCAACCUAUUCCUUUAGCUUCACAGGCUAUUGCACUGCCACCACCAGCUCCUUUACCAGCUGCCAGAGGGUCUUCGGCUCCUUAUGUGAUACCUACACCUAAUAAAUUGUAUGUUGAUAGACCUAAUGUAGCAGUUGCUGGAUAAGAAUACUGAAUCAGUAGCUUUUUAAUAAGUUGUUUUAGAAAAUUCGAGUAGUAAAUUUUGUUGCGUUUUGGCUUAUUAAAUUGAUUAAAUAUUUUGUACAAAA